AUGGACUCUGCCCAAAACGGAGAGGAUGAGUCCCCAUUAAGUGAAGAGGAUUACAAGCAAGUGAGAGACUUAAUGAUUGACUUCCACGUUGGAUCCAAAGAGACUGGUCCCGAUUGCGUACUCGUGGCAUUGAAUCUCCACGCGUCCUUUCUUCGGACAGUCCCCCCUUACUCCCAUCAAGCAGACGUGUGGAUAGAACUUCUGAAAUCCCUUCACUACAAAUGCGUUGUUUUUAUUCACAGCUCAGACAAUAAUGGCAGAUACACUUUAGGCAGGUUCCAGAACUUAGCAGAUAAAGCCAAGAUUAAGCUUGAUGACGUUAUCGAAUAUGAACCUGGAUUUACAGACAUUAUCCAACAACUGGAAAAAACGAAAGAAUUUUAUUGCAAAGUUUUUAUUUUGUACGCAAAUACUGAAGACGCAGAAUCGAUAUUCCGCGAGGUGGAGCAACUGAAAAUGACAAGCCCAGGCUAUGUAUGGAUAGUCUCUGAACAGGCUUUGAUGGCAGCCAAUAGACCCGACGGUAUAUUGGCUCUGACAUUACUGAAUGCUUCAGAUGCGGCGGGUCACAUCUGGGACAGUGUCAAGAUCAUUGGAUUAGGGCUUCGAGACCUGAUCCGUAACGAAAACAUAACAAAGGCCCCUGAUAGCUGCGAUUCUUCAGACAGAGCCUGGGAAACAGGAAAACAAUUUGUAAAGUAUUUAAAGGCUCAAAGUCUGUUGUAUGGAAAAACUGGAAGAGUAGCUUUUGACGAGAAAGGCGAUCGCCUUAAUAGUGAGUACGAUAUUGUAAAUAUUGUAGACGGGCAGACCGUAACGGCUGGACAUUACACGUUUUCCAAGGCUCAGAUGAAGAUGAAUCUCAAGCUCAACAUAAACAGCAUCAAAUGGCCUGGUAACCACUCAACAAAGCCCCGAGGAUAUAUAGUCCCCACCCGUUUACAGGUUGUUACCUUGGUGGAAGAACCGUUUGUUUGGGCUAGACCUGUGGAUAGCAAGGAGGAUUGUAAAGAAGAUGAAAUCCCAUGUCCGCGAUCCAACAGUUCGCUGUCACAAUCCUACUGUUGCCGUGGUUACUGUAUGGACCUGCUGUGGAAGUUAGGGAACGACUUGAACUUCACGUACAAUCUCUACCAAGUGGAAGACGGCCAGUAUGGCAAUUUUGAAUAUGUGAAUGACUCUAACAAGAAAUACUGGACGGGGAUGGUGGGUGAUCUUGUGCAUGAAAAAGCAGACAUGGCUGUCGCUCCUCUCACUAUCAAUCCUGAACGAUCUCAAGUUAUCGAGUUUACUAAACCUUUCAAAUAUCAAGGAAUUACCAUACUGGAAAAAAAGCAACCUAAAAGUUCCACCUUAGCUUCCUUCCUUCAACCUUUCGAACAGACUCUUUGGAUUUUGGUGAUGGUUUCCGUCCACGUUGUUGCACUAGCUUUAUAUCUUUUAGACAGAUUCAGUCCAUUUGGACGUUACAAACUACCAAACAGUGAUGCUACAGAAGAAGACGCCUUAAAUUUGUCUAGCGCCAUCUGGUUUGCUUGGGGAGUAUUACUCAACAGUGGGAUUGGAGAAGGUACUCCUCGCAGCUUUAGUGCCAGGGUAUUAGGAAUGGUGUGGGCAGGAUUCGCUAUGAUUGUUGUUGCGUCAUAUACAGCCAAUUUGGCUGCGUUUCUCGUUUUAGAUCGUCCUGAGACAUCGCUUACCGGUAUAAAUGAUGCCAGACUUCGUAACCCUCUAGAGAACUUUACCUAUGCCACGGUAAAAGGCAGUGCAGUUGAUAUGUAUUUUCGACGCCAGGUGGAGCUUUCAAAUAUGUAUCGAACUAUGGAAGGUAAAAAUUAUGACUCAGCAGAAGCGGCCAUCGAUGCUGUGAAAUCUGGAGAGCUUAAUGCUUUUAUCUGGGAUUCCUCUCGGCUGGAGUAUGAAGCUGUUCAAUCCUGUGAUCUGGUGACAGCAAGGGAACAGUUCGGCCGCUCCGGCUACGGAAUAGGACUGCAGAAGAACAGCUUCUGGGCUGACCAGGUUACUUUAGCCUUGUUACAGAUGCAUGAAAGUGGCUACAUGGAGAAGUUGGACAACAAGUGGAUAUUAUCUGGAGACGGUAAAUGUGAGAAUAAGAGUGAGAAGUUUCCUGCUACUCUGGGAUUAAAGAACAUGGCUGGUAAGGAGAUCCUUUAA